UUUAGCUUUCCAACUUCUCCAACAGCAAAGAUCAUUCUUUUGUCCGGGUCCAUCAGGAAAGUCUUCUCCGAUUGCUUUUCCGGUGGUUUCGCCGGCGUUGGAUGGAGGCUACGGUGGCGUUCGGGUCGUGGAUCCGGCGACCCGAGAACGUUAAUCUCGUUGUGCUCGGGAAGUUGAGGCGCGGCUCCUCUUCGCCGGCGGUCGUCGAGAUCUUCUCCUUCGACCCUAAGACGACAUCUCUAUCCUCUUCCCCUCUGGUAAGUUAUGUGCUUGAUGAAAGUGAUGGGGACCCCUCCGCCAUAGCAGUGCACCCCAGCGGAGAUGAUUUUGUGUGCUCUACAAGCACCGGCAGCUGCAAAUUGUUUGAAGUGUAUGGUCAUGAAACAAAAUUGAAGCUGUUGACCAAGAGAUUACCUCCUCUUAAAGAUGUUGGUCUUCAAAAAUGCCUCGCCUUCAGCCCAGAUGGAUCCAGAUUUGCUGCCGGUGGAUUGGAUGGUCAUCUAAGAAUCUUGGAGUGGCCUAGUCUUCACGUCAUAUUGGAUGAACCAAGAGCACACAAAUCCUUCAGAGAUAUGGAUUUCAGUCUGGACUCCGAGUAUUUGGCUUCAACAUCUACUGAUGGUUCAGCAAGAAUAUGGAGGGCAGAAGAUGGCAUCCCUUCAACUACCUUAACUCGCAAACCGGAUGAAAGUAUUGAAUUGUGUCGAUUCUCUAGGGAUGGGACAAAACCAUUUUUAUUUUGCACGGUUCAGAAAGGAGAUAAAGCUGUGACUGCAGUUUGGGACAUAAGUACGUGGAACAGAAUCGGUUAUAAGAGACUGCUCAGAAAGCCUGCUGCCAUUAUGUCCAUCAGUUUGGACGGGAAAUAUCUUGGCUUGGGAAGCAAAGAUGGUGAUGUUUGUGUUGUGGAAGUUAAGAAAAUGGAGAUCAGCCAUUGGAGCAGGAGGCUACAUCUUGGCACCUCUAUUACAUCCCUCGAGUUCUGUCCCAGUGAGAGGGUUGUGCUUACUUCUUCAAACCAGUGGGGCGCAAUGGUGACUAAGCUAAAUGUCCCUGCUGAUUGGAAAGAGUGGCAAGUUUACCUAGUACUGGUGGGGCUGUUCUUGGCAUCCUUGGUGGCGUUCUACAUAUUCUAUGAAAACUCGGACUCGUUCUGGAACUUCCCUCUCGGGAGAGACCAGCCUGCGAGGCCGAAGAUUGGGGCCAUCCUGGGGGAGCCGCAGUCUUCCGACGAUCAGAACAUGUGGAGCGCUUUCGGUCCCUUGGAUAUGUGAGCGCACGUUAUUACCAAAGCUAUCUAGGCCCCUAGACCAGGUUUUUGUGUGAGGUGCAAAUGCCAAUGAACUUGAAAAUAAGAUUCUCAUCACUACCCAAAUCGAUUGUAGUCUUCAAAAUUAAAAGUUCCAACAUAUAUAUUAACGUAGUUAAUCGUCUCUUUGUAAUUUUAUUAUGGAUUUUUCUGCCUUUUUAACUUUUUAUUUUGGAUGAUAAUAGGUAUUUACCCUUCUGUUGUGGACUAAAACGGUUCUAUGUUUAGUUUUCUUUUUGCCGGGAAUUCUAUGUUUA